AAAAAAAAUAAAAUAAAUCAAAAUGCGCCAUUCGCGAUGUCAUGUUGUUACGGCACUGGUUUCCAAAGGUACCUACUACCCGCCAGCCACGCAGUAGACCGUCAGUGCACGUUGGCUCAUCGCAUCGGUUACGUUGUUUUCGUUCCAUUAGUUUUGAAUUUGACAGUUAACGUCGCAAUUUUCAAGUUACGACUUCACCUUUCUUUUUAGUAUUAUAUUUCGCGUAAAACAUUGCCUUGCAACUUCAUUUUCUGCUCAUAUAUUUGUUCGAAUCGAGUAUUGAACAGAUCGAUUGGUCGUAUAUCGCAAAAUCGAUAUUGUAAAGGUUAAUAACAAGAGAUCGAAGGGUGAAACGAUUACAAUGCCGGCAGACGCGGAGCUCAGUAAUCUGCUUAGCAGGAGGCAAAGGAUCAACGACGAGCUUGAAGAAGGAAAAGAUGUGAAAAAGCAAUACAAAUUCGUGAACGUUUAUACUGAAUUCCACGAGUUAUCCCGUCGUGAGAUCAAGCAGUAUGAGCAGACCUUCAACAGAUUCGAUGAUGGUCACGAUGGAUUUCUCGAUUUAUCCGAACUGAAACGUAUGAUGGAGGUUUUGGGAGCACCGCAGACCCAUCUUGGUUUGAAAGCGAUGAUACAGGAAGUAGACGAGGAUGGCGAUGGACGUAUUUCCUUCCGUGAGUUUCUCUUGAUUUAUCGUAAAGCACGAGCUGGUGAAUUAGAACAAGAUUCUGGAUUGGGCCAGCUUGCACGUCUUACAGAAGUCGAUGUGGAUGAAGUAGGAGUAACAGGAGCUAAACAUUUCUUUGAGGCUAAAAUCGAGCAACUACGGAAGGCGAGUAAAUUCGAAGAUGAGAUUCGCAUGGAACAGGAGGAACGAAAGCGAGAAGAGGAGGAGAAGGCAGAAAGACGAGCGCAAUUCAGACAGAAAGCAGCUUUAUUUGGCAAUUGAAAGUAAAAUAUGCGAAUCGAAAGUGUUGAGCUCGUUCUCUGUACUUUAACGAAAUUACAAACGAACUUCUUUAAUUCGAUUCAGUAAUUUCGUACAGAAAUUGGCCCACUAAGAGAAUUACGUAGAUCAAAUAUAGUUUUACAAUAGCAUAAUGCUGAAAUCGAACAAAAAAGUUUUUUAUUCUGAUUUAUAUUAAGUUCGUAGAAAAUUUUUAACAAAUUGAAAUAUAUAUAUAUAUAUAUAUAGAGUGAUGUUAUUUUUAAGUUAACUUUAAUAAAACUUUAUAUAUUGUCAAUCAAAUGAUAGAUUGCAAUGUUGGAUAAAUUCAUUUGAAAAAUUUUCAAAAUAAAAAAAUUUCAAAAUAAUUUUAAUAAAAUAUAUGAUUUAAAAUUUUAUUAAAUACGAAUUAAUAUGAAAUUUAUUUGAAAAAUAAAUUGUAUUUAUCAUUGUUAAAUUUUAUAAAAUGAAAUUUUUUAAAAUAAUAUAUUUAUUGUAAAUCAUAUUUAAAUCAUGUUUGACAAUAUAUUAAAAUUAAGAAUUAUCGAUAUUUUAUCUUUUAAUUUUAUUACAAUAGAUAAUAAAUGUUAUCUGUGAAAACAGAAUAAAUUUCUUAUAACACAUUUUAAUUUUAUAAUGUUUGCGAUGUUUUUUGAGCUUUUCACAAAUUUAUAUUAAGAAUAUUUUAUAUGAUUGAAAUUGUUAAAGAAUAAGAAGAUAAAAAUUGAACGUUUUAUUAAAGUUUCUUUUAAUAUUCUUAGAUUAUUUUGAAUAUAUAAAUUAGAAUUAUAAAACUUUUAGCAAAUGCACGACUGAUAUUGAUAUAAGUAUAUCUGAAUUUAAUGUGUACAUGUAUAUAUAUAUAUAUAUACAUAUAUACAUGUAAUAUAUAUAUAUAUAUAUAUUAAUUUAUAUGAUAAUUUGAUUUUAUGCAAAGAUAUGACUUCAAAAGGAAAACAUUUCGCAACAUAUGUUUGAUUUUUUUUUAUUGUUUCUAAAUUAAAAUGUAAUUUUAUCGAGAAUUUUUUAAAAUUUUUCUUCUAUUUAUACAUUUCUACAAUAUUUAACAUAAUUAAAAUACAUCGAAUUUUUUUUUUAUUGAUUAUGAGACUUCAAUAAUUAUGCAAUUAUGUUAUAUUUUAUCGAAAAAUUAAAAUUAUUCAGUUUUAAAUCAAUAUUAAACAAAAUAUUAUAAUAAUAUAUAUAUUAUUUUAUUAUUGAUUUAAAACUGACUAAUAUUAAUUGUUCGAUGAAAUAUAAUAUAAAACAAUUUCAAAUUAUUUUUAUACAAUUUUUAUAAAUAAUGUGUUUCACAAAAAAAAUAUUAAUGUAUAAUUGUUGCGAAUUGUACAUAAUGAAAUAUAUAGCUUAAAUAAGUUUGUAAAAUUAUAGAUUGUAAAUAAAUUUUUUGUUCUAAAACAUCUUUUAAAUACUUUAAUUAAUAAUUAAGAUAAAAUUAUAUUAUUUUAUUAUGAUUUUGAUAUGUACAAAUUGCAUUAAGCUUGCGAUAUACAUAUGUAUUAGCAUAUUGCAAAUUAAUAUAAAAUAAAAAACAAAUACUAAUUCAAAAUUAAUAUAUAUAAAAA